UUUAUCCCGCACCGCGGGGGGUUGGUGCUGCCUGUAUCUACAAAUAUUCACGUGAAUUUAGGGUGUUAUCCGCCUGAGGCUGACUUGGCGGUGUUGUUUGUCGGCCCCCUGUACGUGUGGGUGAUUCCUGCCUGCGUUUCAGGUGUAUUCAUCGUGGCAGCAAAGCGCACUCCCUUCGGGACCUACGGGGGUUUGCUGAAGGACUUCUCGGCCACCGACCUGACGGAACACGCCGCCCGCGCCGCGCUGGCCGCGGGCAAGGUCUCCCCCGAGAUCAUCGACAGCGUCGUCGUGGGCAAUGUCAUGCAGAGCUCUCCAGAUGCGAUCUACAUCGCGAGACACGUUGGUUUACGUGUGGGGGUUCCCAUCUCCGUGCCAGCACUCACUGUCAACAGGCUCUGUGGCUCUGGUUUCCAGUCCAUUGCCAAUGGAUGCCAGGAAAUUUGCCUUAAUGAAUCAGAAGUUGUUCUGUGUGGUGGAGCUGAAAGUAUGAGCCAGGCUCCUUAUGCAGUUCGAAAGAUUCGAUUUGGAACCAGAUUAGGAGCAGAACUCAAGUUGGAAGACACGUUGUGGGAAGCUCUAACAGAUACACAUGUUAAAAUACCUAUGGCAGUGACAGCUGAAAACCUGGCAGCAAAAUACAACAUCUCACGGGAGGCCUGUGAUGGAUACGCACUGAAAACGCAACAGAGGUGCAAAGCUGCUAAUGAUGCUGGCUACUUUAAUGCUGAGAUGGCACCAAUUGAAGUGAAAACCAAAAAGGGGAAGGAAAGCAUGCAAAAGGACGAGCACCCCAAACCCCAGACCACUAUGGAACAGUUGGCAAAGCUCCCGUGUGUCUUUAAAAAGGAUGGAACGGUCACGGCUGGGAAUGCUUCAGGGGUGUGUGAUGGAGCUGGUGCAGUCAUCCUUGCCAGUGAAUCAGCACUUAAAAAGCACAGUCUUACUCCUCUGGCAAGAGUGGUAGCAUAUCACUCAUCUGGCUGUGACCCUUCCAUCAUGGGCAUUGGCCCUGUACCUGCAAUUACUGAGGUUUUGAAGAAAGCAGGAUUGACCCUGAAGGAUAUGGAUUUGGUAGAGGUAAAUGAGGCAUUUGCACCUCAGUAUCUGGCUGUCGAAAAAGUUUUGGGCCUUGACCCUGAGAAGACCAACGUCAACGGAGGUGCCAUCGCUAUCGGUCAUCCUUUGGGUGCCUCGGGGGCACGGAUCACAGCUCAUCUGGUUCAUGAGCUGAGGCGUCGUGGUGGGAAAUACGCGGUUGGGUCAGCCUGCAUCGGCGGUGGACAAGGUAUUGCUGUUGUCAUUGAGAACACAGCCUGAGUGAUCCUGGGGACUCAGCCUGGCCUGAAUUACUAAUGCCCUGAGAAACCCCUGCCUUCUGUGACAAUAGACCAUCACUGCUUGCCUUUCCUGCAAGGUAAAGGAAGAGCUGAGAAGUCAGAAUUCUGAACAAAAACGAUUUGUCGAUGUCUUUCUAACUAAAGGAAGUGCAACAUCAGUAUAAUUACACACUGAUGAAGUAUUUCCUAAAAGCCUUUAUUCCAAUCAAAGUUAAUGUGUUUCUAUAGGAAAAGUUAUUUUCAUUUCACGGGGAUAUUGCUUGUCAGACUUUCACCAAACCUGCCUUAAAAUAGCAGUCAGUGCAGCUUUUUAAGCAAGUAUUGCUUAAAUCAUUUUUAUUUUAGCUACUGGCACAUGUGCCUCUUUAUUAUCAGGAAAUGUGAAAAUGUGAUCAGAGACCUUCUGAAAUAUUGAUUGUAGACUGAUGACUAUUAACCUGUACCCUGGUGCUUUGCAAGGGAGGAGAAAAUGGACAAAAGCUGAAAUUUCCAUUGUGCCUCCUAGAAGAUCAAUAAAUAUAACAGGAGAAAAAAUAAA